CGUGCAUGCGUACGUAUGUGUGCGUGUAUUCCGUACGCCAGUGGUGCAGCUCUGACGUAAAAAAGUGUUUUCAACCCUCCUCUGGGCACAAAUGCUCAAGAGCCUGGCACUGGACAGGGAGCAUCCUGAAGGGCAUCGUCACCCGAAGCAGAAGAGCUGUCAGAUCUUUCCCUUCCGCAGUUAAAUCAUUGUCAUGGAAUGGCUCUCAUCUUGGGAGAUUCAUCCUCUGCAUUUUGGAACUGAGCCUUCCUAGUGUUCUGAGAGUUUUCUGCUGUCUGUUCAGCUUAGCAUGCUAAGAAGCCGGAGAGGUACCCAGCAGGCUGGUUGCAUUCUCUGUCUUGGAAAAAUAUUUGACUAGUUUGAGAAAUUGUGAAAUCAUUCCUGGCCACAUUGUGGGAUUGUAUUGAAUUUUUUUUUUAGUUUUUUAAAUUUUUGUAUGUAAAUGCCAGAAAGCUUGAAGACAGUCUAUUUCAAAGAAGGCUUUUGAUUUCUGAGACUGGCAAGGGCAUAAAAUGACAUGAGAGUUUCUCAGCAGGAUUCCAAAUUCAUGAAAGAUUUUUCCAAGUACCUACUAUGUUCAGAACAGGGAUGCAGAGAUGUCCUGGAGAAUCUGAAGUUCGGGCUUAACCCUCGAAACUUUGAAAGCAAUGGCUGAAAAGGAAAGAUGAAUACCUAGAGGCUCUCUCUGGAAAUGAUUGAGAUUUGCCACCGCAAUUGGCUACUUUGGCUUUGUCUGUCAAAAUUUGGUGUCUUCAUGUGCUGUCCAGCAUCUACUACAGGUCAGAUGGAGCUUAGAAGGACAAGGGAGCCUAGUAAUAAACGGGUCAAACCCCUUUCAAGAGUCACGUCACUAGCAAACCUCAUCCCGCCCGUGAAGGCCACACCGUUAAAGCGCUUUGGUCAAACCCUGCAGCGCUCCAUUAGCUUCCGCAGCGAGAGCCGCCCUGACAUCCUUGCCCCCCGACCCUGGUCCAGAAAUGCCGCCCCCUCAAGCACAAAACGGAGAGAUAGCAAGCUGUGGAGUGAGACUUUCGAUGUGUGCGUCAAUCAGAUGCUUACAUCCAAGGAAAUCAAACGUCAGGAGGCGAUCUUUGAGCUUUCCCAAGGAGAAGAAGACUUGAUAGAAGACUUGAAAUUAGCAAAAAAGGCUUAUCAUGACCCUAUGCUGAAACUCUCCAUAAUGACAGAACAAGAGUUGAAUCAAAUUUUUGGAACACUGGACUCUCUAAUUCCUCUACAUGAAGAGCUCCUUAGUCAGCUUCGAGAUGUUCGGAAGCCUGAUGGCUCGACUGAGCAUGUUGGUCCCAUCCUCGUGGGCUGGCUGCCUUGCCUCAGCUCCUAUGAUAGUUACUGUAGCAAUCAAGUAGCUGCCAAAGCUCUGCUGGACCACAAAAAGCAAGAUCACCGAGUCCAGGAUUUCCUACAGCGAUGUUUAGAAUCCCCCUUUAGCCGCAAACUAGAUCUCUGGAAUUUCCUCGAUAUUCCAAGAAGCCGUCUGGUAAAAUACCCUCUACUUCUUCGAGAAAUCUUGAGGCACACACCAAAUGAUAAUCCAGAUCAGCAGCACUUGGAAGAAGCUAUAAACAUCAUUCAGGGAAUAGUGGCAGAAAUCAACACCAAGACUGGGGAAUCGGAAUGCCGCUAUUAUAAAGAGCGGCUUCUUUACUUGGAAGAAGGUCAGAAAGACUCUCUGAUCGACAGCUCUCGAGUCUUGUGUUGUCAUGGUGAACUGAAGAACAAUCGGGGUGUGAAACUGCACGUUUUCCUGUUCCAAGAAGUGCUUGUGAUCACUCGAGCCGUCACCCACAAUGAGCAGCUUUGUUACCAGCUGUACCGUCAGCCGAUCCCCGUGAAGGACCUCCUGCUGGAAGACCUGCAGGACGGAGAAGUGAGACUGGGUGGCUCCCUGCGAGGGGCAUUCAGCAACAAUGAGAGAAUUAAAAACUUCUUCAGAAUCAGUUUCAAGAACGGAUCCCAAAGUCAGACCCACUCACUACAAGCCAAUGACACCUUCAACAAACAGCAAUGGCUUAACUGUAUUCGUCAAGCCAAAGAAACAGUUUUGUGUGCUGCUGGGCAGGCUGGCGUGCUUGACUCCGAGGGAUCAUUCCUAAAUCCCACCACUGGGAGCAGAGAGCUACAGGGAGAAACAAAACUUGAGCAGAUGGACCAAUCAGACAGUGAAUCAGACUGUAGUAUGGACACGAGUGAGGUCAGCCUCGACUGUGAGCGCAUGGAACAGACAGACUCUUCCUGUGGGAACAGCAGGCAUGUUGAAAGCAACGUCUGACAGAAGCAUGCAAACUUCAGGAAGCAGGCCUGCAUCUUACCUGUACAGUAUUUGCAUUCCGCAGAUGGAACGGUUUGGAAAAGCACUUUUAUAUACUUUUGUGACCAUGUUGGCCCAGUCUCUUGUAUCUGUACCUAGUACUGUAACUGCCAACCUAUCUGUGUAAGCUGGAAUCUGUGGCAACUGUUACCCUGUGUUGUAUUUCACAAGUGUUUGGAUGGAUGGAGAGGUACUCAAACAAGUUACUUUCAAUUGUCCUGCUGGAUUAAAAAAAAAAAAUAGAAAAACAAUCCCUAAACUACUGUUUUACGUAGAUUGCUUGAAGAGUCCUUCCUCUUGUGCUUCUCUAGUGCUUUCCCAGCUCUUUGAUGUGGUGGCUAAGAAUUUGGAGGGCCUUGUAAAUAGGGCGUGAGAAAGUCACCUGUGUAUCGGGAUGGUACUAGAGAGAAAAUCAGGAAAGACCAGCCCAUGAAGUGAACGUGGUUUGAUCUUAUUCAGCUAGAAAGCUUGAAAACAUCCCUGGGGAUUCUGAAGGCUUAAUUUUGCAAAGGAGGAUGCAUUGUCUGAACCUUGCAGUGUAAUCCAGUGCAAGUUUGAUGCAAGAAUUUAUUAGGACAUAAAAUAAAGACUGACCUUAAAAGGGUCAGGACAAAAGCAGCUGCCGGUUCUGAAUCUUUAACUGAAAUGCAUGUGGCACCAGGAGAUGUCUCUCAUAGUUGGUGGCUAGCCUAAAACAUCCAAAUAGAACCCAAAGGGCCUAGGGAAGCCUGCCCUGCCAGGGUAACAAGAAGGCCCUGUCUUCAUUGUGUUUCAUCUGCCUAGGCCUACUCAUAUUUUAGAGAAUGAAUGAAGCAACAAGGAAGAGAGACCGUGACUCUAUCAAUGACACUGUUUACAGAAACACAGGAGAGGAAUAAUUUGGAAUGAGAAGCAUUUCGUCAGAACCUUCUAUGGGCACCAUUAAGAGAAAAGCGUGGUCCAGUGUCUUCUGAAAAAGGCCAGAGCCUUGGGCUUUCCUGCUCUGUUUUUGAGUCAUCAGUUUGUCAUCUCUGGUUCUGUGCUAUAACCAGAAUUGUAAUUACAUUCUCCAGAGGCCAAUUUCAUUAACUCUGAUUAAUUAGGAUCAGCUAGCCAAAUUAGUAACCUCUUUGUCCAGCCUUGAUUUACAGUACAGGGUAAAGUGCAGACCUUAAAAAAAGCUAACUAAGUAUGUAGAAGAGCUCCCUGCAAGUGUAAAUAUUAAGAAUGACCUGUGCAAAAUUACCCACACCAGCACUAGUAGUGAUUCUAAAUUAUUGCCAAAAAGUUUUUUUUUAAUCUUCUGUCUUUCAAGUUUACAGAUAAGUAAGCAGUAAACGCAUUGAUGUCAUUUUAUUAUGUACAUAUAUCAUGUGCAUUCAAAGAAGGUGUGUGACAAGAUAUAUCAAUAUAAAAACAAGGUAUAUUACUUUAUUAUUUUUUAAAAACAAAGAUAUUGUGGUCAGUUUUACCCUGUAAAACAUAUUUCUCUAUUUAUAGAUCUUAAACAUGGUGAAUUUUUUCUAUUACAAGUUUAUUUAAAACUGCUUUGUUUCUCAAGUUGUUAUUGAUACAGCAAGUGAACCUGCUGCAGACAGAAGCAGAGGAAAGCCAAGAACAGCCUUUUAAUGGUGAAGAAAAGAAUGAAUGAUUCUUUGUAGGAGCCAUCAGCCACUUUGUAGGACCCAUCAGCCAGUGUGCUGGGAAAAGAGGUUUGUCACAUGUUGGCCUAUGGGAAGAAAGUCAAUGAAUGUUUUGAUGAAAUGAAUGUUUUUGUAUAACAGCCUUAAACUUUUCUGGAAGUAUUUCAAAUAAAUUGCAUUAAAAUGUC